AAAUGUUAUUGAUUCCACAUUCAUAAUCGCUCUUGCCUCGGCCCUCAACAGAAAAAUAAUAAAAAUAACAAUACCAAGAACAGUUCAAACACAAAUCCCAUGUGCAAUUCUAAAGAAAUUCAUGCGUAUGGCGACUGUACAAAAGGACCCACGAAUUGGCGGAGGUUAGGCAGAACAAGGACAUUCUAGAAAAGAAAGAGAAAAAAGUCGACCAAAAAAAGAAGAAAAAAACGGCCACAACCGAGACAUUCCAUCUCCAAAACCUCCAGAAAUAAAAAUGCCCGAACCACCAGUCAACGGCGUGCGCCGGCGCCGAGACCCCUCCGCAGACGCCACAACCGCCACCGACAAGCUCGUCGAGACCGUCAAGGCCGUCGAGGACAAGGCAUCCCAGACGCUCCUCAUCCUGUGGGACGAGCUGGAGGACUGGCGGCGCGACAACGCCUUCAUCCUGGGCGGGUACCGGCGCACCAGCAACAGCUACGCUGCGUCGCUGGCCAGCCUGCUGCACCUGCACAACGAGUCUGUCAACAUCUGGUCGCACCUCCUCGGCGCCAUCGGGUUCACGGCGACGGGCGCGUACUUUUUGCAGGCCGUCGUCAGGCCCAGGGUGGCCGAGGCCUAUGGAGGUGACGUGCUCGCCUUUGCCUGCUUCUUUGCAGGCGCCUUCCUCUGCCUGGGGAUGAGUGCCACCUUUCACGCCCUCAGCAACCACUCGCCCGCCGUCGCGAAGUGGGGGAACAAGCUCGACUACACGGGCAUUGUGUUCUUGAUCGUUGGUAGCUACGUCCCCGCGCUGUACUACGGGUUCCGCUGCCAUCCGGCGCUGCUGGAGCUUUAUCUGUCCAUGAUCUGUAUUCUUGGCCUCGGAUGCCUGGCAGUUUCCUGGGUAGAGCAUUUCCGAUCCCCAGCCUGGCGACCCUACCGGGCACUCAUGUUCGUGGGCCUAGGCCUCUCUGGCGUUGUACCGGUGGUGCAUGCCGUCGGCGAGGAUGGCUUUGCUGCCCUGGACGAGCGGAUGGGGCUGAAGUGGGUGAUGUUGCAGGGCGCUAUGUACAUUUUUGGAGCCUUCAUCUAUGCGGCACGCUGGCCCGAACGGUCAUUCCCUGGCAAGUUUGACAUAUGGUGUAGCAGCCAUCAGAUCUUUCACAUCUUUGUUCUCCUUGCCGCCGCAUCUCAUUUGUACGGCAUGAUCAAAGCGUUUGACUUUCGGCAUAGUCCGCUGGGUUCUGCGCAAUGUUGAGCAGCGUCUUUUCAGCAAAGAAAAAAAUGGCCUUGUUACUAUUUCGUUUCAUUCAGCUGAAGCUCGAGGAUUGUCUAUGCAUUUCCACAAAGAUGGGAUCUAGACUGGACUAGACUAGAGUAGAACAGACUUGAUAAUCAAAUAAAAAAAAGGCUCGCGAUUUGUCAUCUGCCCGG